AAAAUGCGUAUUUCAUGCAAUGACGGUAAUUUUGCAAAACUUCGUCAGGCCUCGAGCAGACAUAGUACUUCUACUAAGACUCCCUCAGAAAUUAAAACAUCCCACCAAAAUCUGCAGAUACUACUCCGCUGUAGUAUCAUCAUCUCAACUCCUCCAUCCAAACCCACGCGCCGCCCAAAAGGGUGAACUUGUCAAACUCUUACUCUCCGCACCCCAAAGCGCCCCUCGCCCAACAGUAUUCUACUACUACAAAGUAGUUCACGCACAAAUUGUUCGAUGGGGCUUUGAGUCCAGCACCUUUCUAAAUAACAUUCUCUUGUCUGCGUACUUAAAUUCUGGAUGGUGUUUCGGGUAUGCAUAUGCUCUGUUUGACAGAAUGUCUCACAGGAAUUUGACCACUUUUUCCACCAUGAUUAACGCUUUGUACAAGCAGUACGAGCUUUAUAACGAGGCCCUGGUGGUGUUUUCGGAGUUCAGAAGAAGUUGUGGUCAGAACCCUGACGAGUUUGUUUUGGGUCCUGUUAUUCGCUCUUGUACGCAGUUGAAGUGCGUUGGAGUUGGUCUGCAGUUGCAUACCUCUGCCAUUAGAACUGGGCUCGAUCAAAAUAUAUAUAUCGGGAACUGUUUGGUUGAAUUUUACUGGAAACUUGUCGAUGUCGAGGCGGCUAGGUUGGUGUUUGAUUGUUUAUUGAUAAAAAGUGUAGUGACUUGGAAUUCAAUUAUGACGGGGUUUGCAAAGAGCGGCAGGAGUGAGGUUUCACUGGACUUAUUCAAGGAAAUGCUGAGGACUAAUGUUGUUCCAGAUAAAUAUGUGAUCUCCAGCGCUUUGAGGGCAUGUGUGGCGCUUGAUUUUCUUGAAGGGGGAAGGCAAGUUCAUGCUUAUCUGUUGAGAAGGGAAGCUGAAAUGGAUGUUCAAGUGGAUUGCAUCCUUAUAGACUUGUAUGUCAAAUGCGGAAAAGUGCAGAGCGGGCGCAAAGUGUUCGAUAGAAUGGUGGUUAAGGAUGUCAUUGCUUGGACGACGAUGAUUUCUGGGUAUAUGCAGAAUUUGUUCGAUUGGGAUGCCAUGGAGCUGUUUGCAGAGAUGAACAGAUUAGGUGGGAAACCUGAGGAAUAUGCUUGUAGUUGCGUUCUCCUUUCGUGUAGUUCACUUGAGGCUCUAGAACAGGGUAGGCAAGUCCACGCCUACUCUCUGAAGUCAAAUCUUGAUUCUGAUGGUUUUGUGAGUAACAAUUUGAUUUAUAUGUACUCAAAAUGUGGCUCACUGGUUGAUGCACGAAGAAUCUUUGACACUAUGGAAAACCUUGAUGUCAUCUCUUACAAUGCUAUAAUAGAGGGAUACUUGAGGCAAGAAAACUUGUAUGAAGCUUUUGAUCUUUUUGCUAAAAUGAGGAUGAAUUUAAUACCUCCAAGCUUGUCAACUUUCAUCAGCCUUUUUGGGGUUUCAGCUUCACUAAACACCUUUCAAUUGACUAAGCAAAUCCAUGCCCUUAUGCUUAGAUCUGGGUUCUCCUUGGACAAAUUUGCUGGUAGUGCCUUGAUUGAUGCAUAUUCAAAGUGCCUAUCUCUUGGAGAUGCAAAAUUGGUUUUUGAGGAAAUGAAAGAGAAAGACAUUGUCGUAUGGAAUGUUAUGCUAGGUGGGUAUGCUCAACAGCUGGAAAAUGAAGAAGCUCUUAAGCUGUAUCUGGAGCUACAGCUUUCUGGACUGCAAUCAAACGAGUACACAUUUGUUACCUUAAUUGCAAUAGCUAGUAACCUUGCAAGUCUGAUACAUGGUCUUCAGUUCCACAACCAAAUCAUGAAGACAGGUCUGAACUAUGAUCUGUAUGUUAUGAAUGCACUUAUUGAUAUGUAUGCUAAGUGUGGGAGCUUGGAAGAGGCAAGAAAAAUAUUUGAUUUUGCCAGUAUGGAUGAUGUGACGUGUUGGAAUUCAAUGAUAAUGUCAUAUGCACUGCAUGGAGAAGCUGAAGAAGCUCUUAAUAUGUUUGAGAAUAUGAUACAGACAGGGGUAAAGCCCAAUACUGUCAGCUUUGUUGGUGUUCUUUCAGCAUGUAGCCAUGUGGGGCUUGUAGACGAAGGAUUCCGUCAUUUUGGGUACAUGUCCAGCAUUGGUAUCGUGCCAGAAACAGAACAUUAUGCUUGCAUGGUUUCUCUCUUGGGCAGAGCAGGUAAGUUAUACGAGGCGAAGGAAUUCAUUGAGAAGAUGCCCAUAAAACCAACAGCCAGAGUUUGGAAAAACUUGCUGAGUGCAUGUAGAAUGAACGAUAAUGUUAAAAUGGCUGAACAUGCUGCAGAAAUAACAACUUCUAUUGACCCAAAAGAUAGUGGGUCAUAUGCAUUACUAUCAAAUACUUUUGCUUCUCAAGGUAUGUGGGUUAAAGUAAAGAAUGUCAGGGACAAAAUGGACAGGACUGGAGUGGUAAAAGAAACAGGAUGUAGUUGGAUUGAAUUGAAUAACAAAAUCCACUCAUUUACUUCAACAGACAGAAUGCACCAUGCUGCUAAUCUUAUAUAUUCUGUUAUGGAUCAUUUGAUUCAGCAUAUGAGAGGCAUGAUGUAUGACAAUGCUUCACUUCCUACUCAGUGACUUGAUCUGCUGGUGAAAGGCUAUCAGCAAUAAUGUUAAAAGAAGCUGGAUUUAUCAGCUGAGAAUCCGGAAUCUUUGAAUAUUCAAAGAACUGAAAAAAUAUAUCAAGGAUCUCUGCCAGACCAAUUUGAAUAUGGUGGUUGCGAUGUUAUGUAUCAUUGUUCUUUUUCAUUGAAAGACAAGGUUAGCCUCAGUUUCUUCUUCUUCUUUUGCUACACCUGAUGACAAUUCUUUCAAAGUGUUUGGUGGAUUAUCUGAAGACACUCCAUUUGACUCACUUCACCAAACCAAAACUACUAGAAGGACUUCGGAUUUGAGAUUUGUCAAUAGAUCAAACUGGGGUUUUGAAUUCAAGAUUGUUAUCAAAGUGGAUGAAUACAUCAAAAUUGUACAAACAAUUCUCCAGGCAAUCAGUUAAUUGUUUAAUUUGUUCAGCUUUCAAUCAAUUCUGGAGCUGGGAAAAUUGCAUUCACGCCACUCCGCCAAACUCCACCAGCUUUAUUCUGUCCUCUCAUCUGAACAAGAGAGGGAAGAUGUUGAUUGGCUGUUGAAAGUGACUGGUUCUCCUGUUCUUCUAACAUGUCCAGUUGUGCGAUCCUUCUGUUGCACUGGUUCAUCUUAUCAAGCAUCAAUUGAAUCAAUCCAUUUGUUUGCAUCAUAUCAAGUUCAUUGAUAGUAAUCUUACCUUUCAUGAGUUUAUGCGUGAGGUCUGUGCAUUCAGGACUUGUAACACUAUGAACCAUGAUAGUGUUAUAGACAUGGAAUUGCAGAGUUGCCAUACAAUUGAAUCUUCUACCUCAGAGAGAACUGUCAGAAGCAACACAAGUUGGGAAAGGCUGCUUAUUUGGAGGUAGUUCUCCUUCACUUUCGAGUAUAGCCUUCAGAACCAACACAAGUUGGAAAAGGCUGUUGAUUUGGAGGUAGUUCUUUGGCUCAGUAUUGGUUUGGUUGGAAUUUUUGAUGCUCAUGGUUCACCAUGCACAGUUCUGAAGAAUCAAAGAUGAACAACACCAAACCCUCCCCGUCUCUCCCCGCCUCAGUUCCCCGUGUACAUUUACUGCAAUAAUUUGGGCGCUAAAAUGACUUCCUCCCAAAUACCAAGCUAUUCGUUAUCCUAAAAUCAUUACAUGACUUAUGAGACAGAAUUGAAUGUUCAAGAAGACUUAAAUGCCAUGUAUGGACAAUUUUUAUUUGUGGAGGAUAGCAGGUAGACGCUAGAGGAAUUCAGUUUCUGGUCAAUUUCAAGAAACAUGUUACUCCUGGCGAUUGCAGGAAAUCAGGGUGAAGACUCAUCGAUCCCUGUUUGUGAAGAACACCAGAAUUAGGCGAUUGAAUACAAGUUCACAACAUAAAGUAACCUGUCAUGAACCUAGGAGAUAACAGCAUGUGUAUCAAUCUUAUGUUUACUUAGAAUCAAAAUUUGUUGGGACAGGAUUGUGAUGCUAAAGUAGGUAAAGGGCAUCAAGCUAUUGAAAUUUAUCUCCGACGCUGGGGUUGGCGUUUAAGUUGGGAGAUUUGAGGCAUGCA